AUGUUCAAAAAGGAUCUCUCGCCCUCGCCCAAGCAAAAGCUCAAGUCGUCGGUCCAGCGCUCGCUGCGGCAGUCUCUGCUCUCGACGUACCCGCUGCUGACGCCCCACGUCGACGAGUUCCUGCCCAAAAAGGCCUCGCUCGAGAGCAUGAAGCUGCCAGACCGCAACACGCUCUACGUGCUCGACUCGGAGCCCCUCUUCUUCCAGCAGGACAUGUCGCCCCUCAUGCCGCACCUGCGCCUCGUCCACCGCUUCCCCCAGGCCUUCCCCACCAUCCGCAUCGACCGCGGCGCCAUCCGCUUCGUCCUCUCGGGCGCCACCCUCAUGGCCCCCGGCCUGACGUCAAAGGGCGGCCGCCUGCCCGUCGACGGCGCCCCCAAGCAGCUGCCCGAGGGCGACGAGAUGAACCAGCGCGCCGAUGCCGACGGCCGCUGGAGCCGUGAGCUGGCAAAGGGCGAGCCCGUCGUCAUUGUGGCCGAGGACAAGACGGAGGCCUGCGCCGUCGGCAUGCUUGUCUGCGGCACCGACGAGGUCAAGGACAAGGGCAAGGGGCCCGUCAUCGAGGACGCGCACUUUCUGGGCGACGGCCUGUGGAAGCUCAACACGGACUGA